AUGACCGAUCGCCUCGCCGCUGGGCAUGCACGUAAUUUUGAGCACCACCAAUCCCCGCGCUUCUUUCUCACCGAGCUGCGAGCAACCUCGGCGACGGCGGGCCGGGCGGCGGACCAACCUCGGCGAAGGCGGUUCAUUAGAUUUCACCCGCAGCAGCAGCAAAUCGAGCCAAGAAAAGGUAGCGCCCGCCAGUACCAUUGCAGUGAGGAUUGUUUGUUUCCAAGAGAGAGACAGAGAGAGAGAGAGAGAGAGAGCCAUCCAUCCAUGGCGUCUCUUCUUCUCCCUCCUCAGUUCGCCUACUCCCUGCCUUCUUACUGCAUCAGGGGCGCAAAUGGAGAAGUCUGGACUGCAACAUUGUCAAGUUAAGAGGGAUUUUGCUUCGAUGGGAAGUUCUUUGUGGCGCUGCUCAGCAAACCGAACUGAAGCAGUUCAUUCGUCUGCUGGACAAGCGUCGGGGGGAGAUCCUGAGGAUUGCUUGGCGAUGAUCUGAAGACCUGUCCUUAUCCUUAGUUUCUUUUCUCCCUUGGUAGUUUAUCUUGGCUUGUAAUAAAAGUAGAGUACUUGCACUUUCCAGGACAGCUUCCUUUGUUGGGGUCUGCCUGUGGUUAUUUUCGGUUGGUGUGUUAACUGUUGUGUAGCUGGUUUAUGGGCUUUUUCUGCUCCAUUUAUAAAAAGUGGGGUAGGGGGGGAAACCCCUUUCGUUCAA